CAGCGGCGGCGGCGGCGGCUCCGAGCCCGGGCCGGGCCGGGCAGCGCCGGGAGCUUCCCCGGGUUCGUCUGUGCCGAUCUGCUGAGUUUGGCUCCUGACUAGAGCUGACAGAUGAUGGAAACAUUUCCCUGGCGAUGUCUCUGGGGCGACUCCUCCGUCGAGCCUCUUCCAAAGCGUCCGACCUCCUGACCCUGACUGCCAGUGCUGCUGGCUCCCCGUCCCUGCUGGAGGGGGAGAUCAUCUACUCCAAGAACAAUGUCUGUGUGCACCCCCCCGAGCUGCUGCAGGGCAUGGGGGAGCACCAUCCAGGCUACCUGUGCUUGUACACGGAGAAGGACGAGCUGCUGGGGAGCACGCUGAUGCUGGCCUGGGUGCCCAACGCGCGCAUCCAGCGGCAGGACGAGGAGGCGCUGCGCUACAUCACCCCCGAGAGCUCCCCGGUGCGCAAGGCGCCCCGCCGGCGCGCCCGGGCCCCGGAGCCGGGGGGCACCCCGGAGCCGGGGGGGACCCCGGAGCCGGGGGGACACGAGGCGCUGGCCGUGCCCCAGCCCCGCGGGGACCGGGACAAGCCGUGGCAGAGCGGCGCCCGCCCCGCCCCGCAGCCGCCCCGCAGCGACUCGGGCGCCCUGCCCGCCGUCAGCUCCCGGGAGGAGCGCUGCAGGUCGGAGGGCACGGAGGACGAGGGCUCCCUGGAGCUGUCUGCUGACGAUGUGAGCAGGGACAGCACUUUUGACUCUGAUUCUGAUGCCUUCUCUUCCCCCUUCUGCCUCUCUCCCAUCAGUGAAGCCCUGGGGAAAAGCAGCAGUUCUGUGUUCCUGGACAGUGAAGGCAGGGACACGUGUGACAAUCGCAUGACCUGCUCCACCAGCUCUGCCUCCAGCCUGGACACCAGUGCCCAGUUCCAGGAGAGCAACGGGCAAACACAGAGCACCAGAUGGGAUGAGCAGCAGAAGGUAUUUACCCUCGAGCAGGUGUGUGGUGUCUUCAGAGUAGACCUGGGACAAAUGAGAUCCCUUCGCCUUUUCUUCAGUGAUGAGAACUGCACCUGUGGGCAGCUGGUGGUGGCGAGCAGGGAGAGCCAGUACAAGAUCUUCCAUUUUCACCACGGGGGCCUGGAUAAACUGUCCGAGGUGUUCCAGCAGUGGAAGUACUGCACAGAGACCCAUCUCAAGGACCAGCAGCUCUCAGAGCAGAAGACCUGCAUGCAGUUCUCCAUCCGCCGGCCCAAGCUGCCCUCGGCAGAGACGCACCCCGAGGAGAGCUCGUCGCGGCGCCUGGACGUGUCUGCCUGGCUGCAGCACCUCAACCAGGCCGGCCAGGUGCAGGAGGAGUACAGGCUCAGGAAGGCCAUUUUCUUUGGUGGGAUUGAUAUUUCCAUCCGUGGGGAGGUGUGGCCCUUUCUGCUGCACUACUACAGCUACGAGUCCACCUCUGAAGAGAGGGAGGCACUGAGGCUGCAGAAGAGGAAAGAAUACUUUGAGAUCCAGGAGAAAAGGCUGUCCAUGAGCCCAGAUGAGCAGAAGGAUUUCUGGCGCCAGGUGCAGUUCACGGUGGACAAGGACGUGGUGAGGACCGACCGCAGCAACCAGUUCUUCCGAGGGGAGGGCAACCCCAACGUGGAGACCAUGAGGAGGAUCUUGCUGAACUAUGCAGUAUUUAACCCAGCCAUUGGAUACUCCCAGGGCAUGUCUGACCUGGUGGCCCCACUCCUGGCAGAGGUCCUGGAUGAGUCAGAUACUUUCUGGUGCUUUGUUGGAUUGAUGCAGAACACAAUCUUCAUCAGCUCCCCUCGGGAUGAGGACAUGGAGAAGCAGCUGCUGUACCUGCGGGAGCUGCUGAGGCUGAUGCACCCCCGCUUCCACCAGCACCUGUGUGCCCUGGGAGAGGACGGGCUGCAGCUGCUCUUCUGCCACCGCUGGAUCCUGCUCUGCUUCAAGAGGGAGUUCCCCGAGGCCGAGGCUCUGCGCAUGUGGGAGGCCUGCUGGGCUCACUACCAGACAGACUAUUUCCACCUCUUCAUCUGCGUGGCCAUCGUGGUGAUUUACGGGGACGACGUCAUCGAGCAGCAGCUGGCCACUGACCAGAUGUUGCUGCAUUUUGGCAACCUGGCCAUGCACAUGAACGGGGAGCUCGUACUCAGGAAGGCCAGGAGCCUGCUCUAUCAGUUCCACCUGCUGCCCCGCAUCCCCUGCAGCCUGCACGAGCUCUGCAAGCUGUGUGGGACAGGCAUGUGGGACAGUGGCUUCAUCCCUGCUGUGGAGUGCUCUGGCCACCACCCCGAGUCCGAGAGCUGCCCCUACGGGGGGCUGGUGGAAGAGUCUUCUCCUGAAGGAAGUGAAGGCAAGAGGGGCCUGAAAACACGGGAUGUCUUUGCCUUCCGAAAAUAGCUGGGAGAGCAGGCUGGGCGGAAGGGAAGGGCAGGAAGGAUGUGCACAGGAACAAAUGCUGAAGAAAAAAUGGAGGAGUAGCUUGUCAAGGCUCCUGAGAAGACUGGAAGGUGUGGAAUGGAAGAGGAAUGAAAUUGCUCCAUAGGGAAAGUUCCAUUGCGUGGGUGAUGGGACCUGAGAGAAAGGCAUCGGCCCAGGAACUGUGUUUGGAUUUGAUUUUGUUAGAAACAAGUUUUUCUAGGUUUUAACAAGGACUUUUUAUUCUGCCUCUGGGACUGGACUGGUUAGCAACCAGAACUUUCUUACUUGCUGGUGAGGAAGGAGAGCAGUGGGGAGCCAAGGCUGCCCAGAGGUGUUGGUGGGCAGGUGGCAGGGGCAGAGCCACGGCCACUGUCCCCUCACCCAGAGCACACUAUGCUCUCUGCUUCAACCAAAACCUGCAGCUUGGUGGCUUCUUUUUAAAGCCAUAAAAGCCAUUUUAAUUAUAAUCUGCCAAAAAUAAAACUGCAGACUGUUGGGAUUGCAGGGAAGGUGUCUGCUUUGUCAGAAAGGAAGGACCAGUGACCUCAAAGUCUUGUCUCUGGCCUUUUCUGGUUUUAUAGGAUACACUGGCUGGCAUGAUUUUUUAUCAAUUUUUAUAGAAAAUGGACUGCCCCAGGUGUCAGAGCACUGCUGCUCUGAGUAAGGUAUUUCACAGACACUGCCCAAAGUUUCUUUCUUCAUGAGAUGUUGGGAAGGAAUUGUUCCCUGGGAGGUAGGUGAGGCCCUGGCUCAGGAUGCCCAGAGCAGCUGUGGCUGCCCCUGGAUCCCUGGAAGUGUCCCAGGCCAGGCUGGAUGGGGCUUGGAUCAACCUGGGAUAGUGAGAGAUCUCCCUGCCCAUGGCAGGGAGUGGGAUGGGAUGAACUUAGGGUCCCUUCCAACCCAAACCCUUCUAAGAUUCUCUGACAUUGCAGCAAAGCUGUUUCUUUAUGCUGACAACUGCAGACUUUAAUACUUCAGUCUGUUGUUUCCAGUAUGUUUCCCAUUGUGUUUCCUCUGGCUCUCCUCAGUUACUGAAUAUUUACUGUCCUUGCCCGUCACUGCCACAGCCUGUGGCACAGACACUCUCUGUGGGUUUUAGGCUCCUCAGUCAGUGCCAGGGGUGCUCCCUGUCCCACAUCCCAAAGUGAAAAUGAAACUUGCCUUGUCACAGUCGUUCUUGCUGAGCUCUGUCUGAUAAAGGUUUCCCUCGGGGUGUUUUUGAAAGGACAGAGUUUUUCCCCAUGUGUGCUGUGAAUUUUGCCAGCCAGAAGUGGAGCUGGGGCCUUGAGCCCUGUUGCCAAAGGUUCUUACCAAAUUCCAUGGCCUCCCAAGGCGUGUCCUGAGCCAGCUUUGUGCCAAACAGAGCCAGGGGAGCAGUUUCCUUGUGGGAGUGGAAAAGGAGCAGGCUGGGCCUCCCUGCCUCCCUCUGCAGCCUUCCCUGGCUGUCCUGUCCCCCUCACUCCCUCCUCACUGCUGUCCUGGGCAGGCUCCCUUCCAGCCCUGCCUCUCAGGAGUGUCUGUGCCCUCACUGGUACCUGUGGAACCACCGUGUGCCCAGGCAGAGCUGGGUGGGUUGCUGCGCCUGACAAGCACAUUUCUCUCAAAAUCCUUCUGCAAAGCCUCACCCACAGCCUGUCCUGGAGCCCUGUUCCUGCUGGGAGGUGAGGCUGGAGCUGGGAUGCUCCGUGUGAGCCAAGAGCUUGCAGCAUUCCUGAACAGGGAAAGCCUGGAGCCACUGAAGGCAACGUGCCAGGGGCUGGCUGUUGAGUGGCACAAGGACAGCUCAGCUCCCAGUUUGUGUGCCUUUCAUCCAGGAGAUGGAAACUUCCCCUGGGUGGGAGCAGUGGGGAAACCACUCAGAAAGGCAGAGCUUGGAAUCGACCCAGCCAGGGCACCGAGGCUGCAGGUGUGAGCUGGGGAUUGCCAAGGGACACCUCCUGUGGGGCUGGGGCUGCUUUGCUCUGGGGCAGGAGUUUGUCAAGGUUUGUGAUGUUUCAGUGGUAAUAAAAGUUUGUGUGAGGCU